AAAAAUAUGAGAAAGUUGCUUUAACAUUUGUUUGGGCGUUUGUUCACAUCUUCUUACGACCUGGAGGUUCCUUGAACACUCUCAGCAUUGAAAAAGCUCAAAUGACGAUGAAGAAUGACAACGUUGACAAGGACAAGCUACUGGAGCAGUUUUUGAGAAUUGGAUUGGAUGAACGCACUGCACGAAACACCAUUGCCAACAAUAAAGUCACUUCCAAUCUCAAUGCUGUUGUUCAUGAGGCUGGUGUGCUUGAUGGAUGCAGCAGGGCUGUUGGAAAUCUCCUGUAUACUGUUGCUACCAAGUAUCCAGCAAAUGCUCUUGUUCAUCGACCGAUAUUGCUGCAAUAUAUCAUCUCAAAUAAGAUAAAGAUGGCAGCUCAAUUAGAAGCAGCGUUUUCAUUUUUGUCUGCUUCAGGCCAAGAAGAUGUUAAAUUAAAUGAGUUUGAAGAUGCAUGUGGUGUUGGCAUAGAAGUUUCAGUUGAAGAAAUUGAGCAGACUGUGAAUGAGGUUUUCGAAGAACAUAAAAAAGAAAUUUUGGAGCAACGUUAUCGGAUAAAUGUGGGUGACUUGUUUGGGCAGGUACGAAAGAAGCAUCCUUGGGCUGAUCCAAAGAUUGUAAAGCAAUUUAUUGAUUCCAAAUUAUACGGAUUACUUGGUGAAAGGACUGCGGCAGAUAAUGAAAAGACGGCAAAAAAGAAAAAAGAGAAGCCCACUAAAGUAGACGUGAUUGUGUACCUUGGAAUUUGAAACACGUCGUGCUUCAUACUAUUGGUUAUUGCACGCACUGGAGCUUUAUCAACCAUAUGUGUGGGAAUAUUCUCGACUCAAUGUUUCAAAUAAUGUGUUGUCUAAGCGUAAGUUAAAUCGACUAGUGACAGAAAAAUGGGUUGAUGGUUGGGAUGAUCCUCGACUGUUGACGCUAGCUGGUCUUAGGCGCAGGGGUGUCACGUCAACUGCAAUUAAUGCUUUUGUUCGAGGAAUUGGAAUCACUAGAAGUGACUGUAGUUUGAUUCGGUUUGAUCGUCUUGAAUAUCACAUUAGAGAAGAACUAAACAGGUCAGCUGAACGGGCAAUGGUUGUUUUGCAGCCGCUUAAGGUUGUUAUUACCAACUUAGAAAAUGGAUCAAUAAUGGAUCUUGACGCCAAGAAAUGGCCUGAAGCUCAAGCAGAUGAGGCAUCAGCCUUUUAUAAGUUUGAACCGUCUCCAUCACGGAGGCAUGAUGAGUUUCACUUCUUUUUGUAGUCAAAUGCUUGGAUGAGCUUGAAAAUGACUUCUUUAAUUAUAUUCAAGAACAUAGAUGUCAGAACAUAGAUGUCAGUUGAACAGACAGGCAUGCAACACAUGUUAUAGCACAUGGAAGACUUACUGAUAGCUUUUGCUUUCUGUUUUGAUUUUCGUUUUCCAUUAUUUUCUGCAUGUGUCAGGGUAUUUUGCAGUUGAUAAAGACUCAACUCCUGAAAAGCUCAUAUUCAAUCGAACAGUCACGCUGAGAGAUGGCUAUAAUAAGAGCAGUAAGUAAGUUCAAAAUUAGGGAAAAAAAACAAAUGGUCUCAUAAUGCAUCCCUUCUUUCAAAUCAAAUUUUUCGUAAAUAUUGUUUAGAUCUUGUAGAAGAAUUAAAUGUGCUUCGAGUCUUGUGUAAAUCAUUACGACUGAGACUUUACCUGGAAAGAACUUAUGCCUCUUUGAUUCGAGAUUGUUUUGACCGAAAAUUUGAAGGAAAAGAAGUGACCACAAUGUUUACGAUAAAGUCUUAUGCAAAUGAUUUGACAUUC